AUGAAUGCAGUACUGUUUGAGAGCAAUGCUAGGAUUCCAAAGCUCUCUUCCUAUGCAAAAGCAGAGGACAAGCUGUUCAAAUACCUCUUUGGAAACUACCAGAAAUGGGUUCGUCCAGUGGAAUACCUAAACCAGACAAUCCGUGUGAAGUUUGGACUCGCCAUCUCCCAGUUAGUUGAUGUGGAUGAGAAAAAUCAGCGAAUGACAACGAAUGUAUGGAUGAAACAGGAGUGGAGUGACAUGAAACUCAGAUGGAACCCUGAUGACUACUUGGGCAUCACAAUCAUCCGAGUCCCCUCUGACAGGAUCUGGCUCCCUGACGUUGUACUGUAUGAUAAUUCAGAUGGGCGUUUUGAGGGGACCGUCACCAAGGCUGUUGUAAAGUAUGAUGGAACCAUAUCAUGGACACCACCAGCCAGUUACAAGUCAGCCUGCACCAUUGAUGUCACCUUCUUCCCUUUUGACCUCCAGAACUGUUCAAUGAAGUUUGGCUCAUGGACAUAUGAUGGCUCCCAUGUGGACAUCAUUCUGGAGGACUUCCAUGUGGACAAGCGGGACUAUUUUGACAACGGUGAAUGGGAGAUAGUGACGGCCACAGGCAGCCGUGGUCUGAGGACAGACGGCAGCUCUUCCUAUCCCACCAUCACCUACUUCUUCAUCAUCCGGAGGCUGCCUCUUUUCUACACCCUUUUCCUCAUUAUCCCCUGCAUUGGCCUGUCCUUCCUCACCAUUCUUGUCUUCUAUCUGCCCUCCAACGGCGGUGAGAAGAUCUCUCUCUGCACCUCAGUCCUGGUGUCGCUCACAGUUUUCCUCCUGGUCAUUGAGGAGAUCAUCCCCUCCUCUUCAAAGGCUAUCCCUCUCAUUGGGGAAUACCUUGUCUUCACCAUGAUUUUUGUCACGCUCUCGAUCAUCAUCACCGUCUUUGCCAUCAACAUCCACCAUCGCUCCUCUUCGACACAUCAUGGCAUGGCACCCUGGGUGAGGAGGAUUUUCCUGCAUCGACUGCCUAAACUGCUGUGCAUGCGCAGCCAUGUGGACCGUUACGCCACAGCCGGAGUGGCCAGUGCAGGAGGAGCAUUAGGACAGGGUAUGAUGAAGAACUCAGCACCUGAACUGACACCUCUCCUCUACACCAGACAUAACCUACAAGCAGCUUUAGAUUCUAUUCGCUACAUAACCAUGCAUGUGGUUAAAGAAAAUGAAGUCAGAGAGGUGGUCCAAGACUGGAAGUUUGUAGCCCAGGUCCUGGAUCGAAUGUUUCUUUGGGCCUUCCUCCUGGUGUCAAUCCUGGGCUCUGCCCUCCUCUUCAUCCCGGUUAUUUACAAAUGGGCCAACAUCAUCGUCCCUAUUCAUGCUGGAAGUACCCUCUAAGAACUACCGUUCAGCUACCCACAAAUGGAGGCAAAGCCCCUAAACAGCUCAUUACGUUUUAUUUGAGAUUUGAACGACUGAGAUACUGAGAUGACCUCUCAGAUACGGUCCUGCUCCUCUUACCUACAGUCAUUCUGUAAGCCACAGCUGUGUCAGUGAUCAAGCUGCUUUUGGAACUUGUGAACUGGCUAUAUCUCACAGAGAAAAGCUUUUUGUUAUAAGAUUUUAAAUCCUGUAUUUAAUUUUAAAGAUGAAUGAAAAUAAUAAAUUGAUGUAGUCCUUAUAA